AUGUGCAGCGUGCAAGCUUUAGAGGCGGAAAUGCACGCAGGAAUGCGUAUUCGCACCCCACUUUCCACCCGACCAGCCACAUAA